AUGGGGCAUCAGAUGGAAGAGUUUUGCACAGUGGAGAAUUUCCUGCUGUUACACUGUAACACAGAUCUGAAGGGUUUCAAGAUGGCAGUGUGGAUCCAGGCUCAGCAGCUCCAGGGAGAUGCUCUGCACCAGAUGCAGUCGCUCUACGGUCAGCACUUCCCCAUUGAAGUGCGACAUUAUCUGUCCCAGUGGAUCGAGGGCCAGCUUUGGGAUGCCAUAGACCUGGAGAACCCACAGGAAGAGUUCAAGGCUAAACGCCUGCUAGAUAGUCUCAUACAAGAGUUGCAAAACAAGGCUGAGCAUCAGGUUGGAGAGGAUGGCUUCCUCCUCAAAAUCAAACUGGGACACUACGCUAACCAGCUCAAGAGCACGUAUGACCGCUGUCCUAUGGAGCUGGUCCGAUGUAUCAAACACAUCCUCUACACGGAGCAGAGGCUUGUCAGGGAGGCUACCAAUUCGAGCUCUCCAGUGGGCGGGAUCAUGGACAGCAUGUCUCAGAAGUAUCAACAGAUCAAUCAAGCUUUUGAGGAGCUUCGCCUGCUUACCCAAGACACUGAGAAUGACCUCCGCAAGCUCCAGCACAACCAGGAAUAUUUCAUCAUCCAGUACCAAGAGAGCCUUCGCAUCCAGGCUCAGCUGACCAGCCUGGCCACGCUGCCCCCUGCUGACCGUCAGCUACGGGAACCAGCCCUGCUCAGCAAGAGAGCCACUGUGGAAGCAUGGCUGACGAGGGAGGCAAACACACUACAGAAAUAUAGACUGGACCUGGCAGAGAAGCACCAGAAAACGUUGCAGCUGUUGAGGAAGCAGCAGACCAUCAUUCUGGACGAUGAGCUGAUCCAGUGGAAGAGACGGCAGCAGCUGGCAGGCAACGGGGGCCCGCCGGAGGGAGGAUUGGACAUCCUUCAGUCCUGGUGUGAGAAGCUGGCAGAAACAAUUUGGCAAAAUCGGCAGCAGAUUCGAAGAGCGGAGCACCUCAGACAACAGCUGCCCAUCCCAGGACCCAUAGAGGAGCUCCUGAAUGAGCUCAACAGCACCAUCACAGACAUCAUCUCAGCUUUGGUCACCAGCACAUUUAUAAUAGAGAAGCAGCCUCCACAGGUUCUGAAAACCCAAACCAAGUUCGCCGCCACAGUGCGCCUGCUAGUUGGCGGGAAGCUGAACGUGCACAUGAACCCUCCACAAGUCAAAGCCACCAUCAUUAGUGAACAGCAAGCCAAGGCCCUGCUGAAAAAUGAGAACACGAGAAAUGACAGCAGUGGAGAAAUUCUUAACAAUAACUGUGUGAUGGAGUACCAUCAGACUACAGGCACUCUCAGUGCCCACUUCAGGAACAUGUCUUUGAAAAGGAUCAAACGGUCGGACCGUCGAGGAGCAGAAUCGGUCACAGAGGAGAAGUUCACCAUUCUCUUUGAAUCACAGUUUAGUGUUGGAAGUAAUGAGCUUGUCUUUCAAGUGAAGACGCUAUCUCUUCCUGUGGUAGUGAUAGUUCACGGUAGCCAGGACAACAAUGCCACAGCUACUGUUUUGUGGGAUAACGCUUUUGCAGAGCCGGGACGGGUGCCUUUCCUUGUGCCUGAUAAGGUGCUUUGGCCGCAGCUGUGCGAUGCCAUCAACAUGAAGUAUAAGGCGGAGGUGCAGAGCAACCGAUGCCUAUCUGAGGAGAACCUGGUCUUUCUGGCUCAAAAGGCCUUCAGCAGUUCCAGCAACAAUCCUGACGACUACCGGAGCAUGACGAUGACCUGGUCACAGUUUAACAGGGAAAGCUUGCCCGGAAGGAAUUUCACAUUUUGGCAGUGGUUUGACGGAGUGAUGGAACUCACAAAAAAACAUCUAAAGCCACACUGGAAUGAUGGAGCUAUCCUGGGCUUUGUAAACAAGCAGCAAGCUCAAGAUAUGCUGAUGUCCAAACCCAACGGUACCUUCCUCCUGCGCUUCAGCGACUCUGAGAUCGGAGGCAUCACCAUAGCGUGGGUGGCAGAAAAUCCUAAUAAAGCAGGUGAGAGAAUGGUUUGGAACCUCAUGCCCUACACAACCAAAGACUUCUCCAUCCGCUCUCUCGCCGACCGAAUUAGCGAUCUCAACCACCUCCUGUUCCUCUACCCCGACAGACCUAAGGAUGAGGUUUUCUCCAAAUAUUACACCCCGCCACUCUGUAAGCAGUCCUAUGUUUGCACGGGGCGCUUCCACUUUUGGGAUUUGACAUUUCAGUGUCUGUUGCUGAAGGAGUCUGAGCUGUUGGUAAAUUUGUGUUUUGCCUGUGCUUGUUUCUCGUCCAAAGCCAAAGCCGUGGACGGUUACGUGAAACCGCAGAUCAAACAAGUGGUGCCCGAAUUCGCGACAGGCAAUCCAGAUCCAACCAGUGGAAACCCAACGUAUAUGGAUCAAGGUGCCUCGCCGGCACCUGUGAGUCACCCCCACGCUUACGGCAUAUACCCUCCUAUGAGCGACUCUAUGUUGGAUGCCGACGGCGACUUUGACCUGGACGACACCAUGGACGUGGCGAGGCACGUGGAGGAGCUGCUCCGGCGGCCCGUGGAAGGCCAGUGGGGCGGUCAGCAGUCCUGACCCCGGGCGUUCCCGUCCCCCCGCCUCACCAAACGAGUCCCGCCUCCCAAACCGCCCCCCACUCGCAUUGACAUGGUUUAAUUCCAUCCACCUCGCGUUUCUUUCAUAUUGCUAUGAUGUGAAAUCGUUGCUAAUGGUUGUGAUUUUUUUUUCAUUUUUUUUUUUUCAUUUCAGAAUGAGAGCAGGCAUGUCAGUGAUUUAUUAUAGUCCAUAAAUUAUACGUCCAUAAAUCUUAUAGUCCAUAAAUGUUUGUAAAGCAUACCGGGUAUAAUGCAAAACCUCCAAUGUUACAGUAUUGUGAAGCAGAAAAGACAAAGUGUUGAUCAUUCACGUUGCUCAUGCAUUUUGAGUU